AUCAUUUUAUAUAUAAAUUCACACCAGCCGAAACCCUUUUUUACCAACUGUUCCUCAAUCUCUCUCGCUCUCAUCAUACUUUUCUUGUUUCUUUAUUUCUCUCGUCCCAUCAUUAUCAUGUCCUCCCAUACCAAUCUCCACUCUCCUAAACCGGAUCACCGUAUCACCGGUGCGUCCCAUACCAAAAAACCACCGUCUUCCACCGCUUCUCAAGACCAACAAACCCUAAAAUGCCCUCGUUGCAACUCCUCAAACACAAAGUUCUGUUACUACAACAACUACAGCCUCUCUCAACCACGCCACUUCUGCACAUCUUGCCGCCGUUACUGGACACGAGGCGGUUCCUUAAGAAACGUCCCCAUCGGUGGCGGUUGUCGGAAAACCAAAAAAUCAAUCAAACCUAGCAUAUUAGCUCCUUCUUCUUCAUCUCAGAGAUUUUUCUCUUCCACCAUGGAAGAAGCAUCUAAAUUCUUCACUCCUCCAACAGCAAUGGAUUUUCAGCUCGCUGGAUUAUCUCUCAACAAAAUAAACGAUCUUCAACUUAUGAAUAAUCAAGAAGUUCUUGGCCUUAGGACGACCAUGGAGCAGGUCGAAACAACACCUGUUGAUGUCGGAUCAGGUUUAACCCUAAUGGGUUUUGGAGAUUACAACAGCAACAACAACCAUUCACCGGCGACUUUCACAACCGAUGGAAACUUAGCUACCUCGAUAGAAACUUUGAGUUGUUUAAACCAAGAUUUACACUGGAGGCUUCAGCAACAGAGGAUGGCUAUGUUUUUUGGCAACUCUAAAGAAGAGACUGUUGUUGUGGAGAGGCCACAGCCGCUUCUUCACCGGAAUCUCGAGAUCGUUAACUCAUCGCCGUCGCCGACAACGAAGAAAGGCGAGAAUCAGACAGAGUGGUACUUUGGUAAUAAUAACGACAACGAAAGGGUGAUUAAUAACAAUGAAAAUAAUAACACAGGAGGAAGCGAUCAAUGGAACAAUGGAAUUCAAGCUUGGACUGAUCUUAAUCAUUAUAAUUAAUGCUUUGCCAUGAUUCUUGGUAAGUUUAAAAUAAACUAUAUUUAUAUGAUCAAGAUUUAAAACUAUGUGUGUUUGUCAUGCACUUCCAAAAAUAUUUAUGUUUUGUUUUAUUUGGGUGUUCUUUGUAGUAAGCUUUUGUUGUUGUUGUUUGGGUUACUAUUGUUGUAUUGUAAGUUUCAAUUUGUAAACAGGAUUUACUGUGCUUAAAGCGUUAUUAUUGAAA